CUCAUCAAAUUCUCUCAAUGUGUAAGCCUAAAUAUAGUCAUGUGUGAUCUUGUUUGAUUUGUCUUAACAUAUAGAUUAUUAAUAUAUAAUUUCUAUAAUUUUUUAAUAUACAAAUUACAAGAUAAAAUAGAUUAAAGAAGUGUAUUAGAUGAUGUGUAAAAAUGAAAGUGGACAAAUACUCUGAGACGGAGAGACUAUAAACUAUACCCAUUCUUUUUGUUCAAAAAAAAAAAAACUAUACCCAUUCUUACUUUGACGAAAAAACAAAAGAGUUGCCACCUAAGGUCGAAAACAAGCAGCGGCUCAGCCAGUUUUUGGGGUAGCCAUUAUAGAAUAGCGUGGCUUGCGUAGAAAGAAUCAUUCCCCACAUUUUUUGUUAUAUGCAUGUUCCGUAUUGUCUUCUUCAUCACUGUCGUUGAAACCCGCUCUCCUUUGUCAUCCUUGCACCGCCGUCGCCCUCCGAUUUUGAUUUCUCUGCAGGGAUGCCGUCCUCUGCUCUAAUCUCCGCUUCUCAGGCGUGGAGGGAUUUGAAAGGCCAUGUGGACGAGAUCGACAAGACUCAUUUGCGGUCCCUGAUGAGCGAUGUGGAUCGCUGCAAGUCCAUGAUGGUGGAGUUCGAUGGGAUUUUGUUGGACUUUUCGAGGCAGCGAGCAACUCUCGAGACGAUGCAAAAGCUCUUGAAUUUGGCUGAGGCUGCACAUCUCAAGGAGAAGAUUGACAGGAUGUUCAAUGGGGAGCAUAUAAACAGCACGGAGAACAGAUCAGUGCUUCAUGUAGCUCUGCGGGCUCCCAGGGAUGCAGUCAUAAACAGUGAUGGGAAGAAUGUGGUCCAAGAUGUCUGGCAGGUUCUUGAUAAAAUCCAAGACUUCUCUGACAGAGUUCGAAGUGGUUCCUGGGUUGGAGCUACUGGGAAGGAAUUGAAAGAUGUUGUAGCUAUAGGUAUAGGUGGCAGCUUCUUAGGACCUUUAUUUGUUCAUACUGCACUUCAAACAGAGCCAGAGGCAAUGGAAUGUGCAAAAGGGCGCCAACUACGUUUUCUAGCAAAUGUCGACCCAAUUGACAUUGCCAGGAAUAUUACAGGAUUAAAUCCUGAAACCACCCUAGUUGUUGUGGUCUCAAAGACGUUUACAACUGCUGAGACUAUGCUGAAUGCUAGGACAAUGAGAGAAUGGAUCUCAUCUUCUUUAGGGCCUCAAGCUGUUGCGAAGCAUAUGGUUGCUGUUAGCACUAACCUUGCACUUGUAGAAAAAUUUGGCAUUGAUCCCAAGAAUUCUUUUGCAUUUUGGGACUGGGUGGGAGGCCGCUAUAGUGUUUGCAGUGCAGUUGGGGUGUUGCCACUUUCCCUGCAAUACGGUUUCCCUAUUGUUGAGAAAUUUCUUAAGGGAGCUUCAAGUGUUGAUAACCAUUUCUAUUCCACCCAUUUCGAAAAGAAUAUACCUGUGCUCUUAGGCUUGUUGAGCGUAUGGAAUGUUACAUUCCUUGGAUACCCUGCAAGGGCUAUUUUGCCAUAUUCUCAAGCAUUGGAAAAGUUUGCACCACAUAUACAACAGGUUAGCAUGGAGAGUAAUGGGAAAGGUGUGUCUAUUGAUGGUUUACCACUUCCAUACGAGUCUGGUGAAAUUGAUUUUGGUGAACCUGGCACAAAUGGCCAACACAGCUUUUACCAACUAAUUCACCAGGGCCAGGUUGUUCCUUGUGAUUUCAUUGGUGCUGUGAAGAGUCAGCAACCUGUAUACUUGAAAGGUGAGGUGGUCAGUAACCAUGAUGAGCUCAUGUCAAACUUCUUUGCACAGCCUGAUGCCCUUGCUUAUGGGAAGACCCAAGAACAGUUGGAGAAGGAGAAUGUAGCCCGUGAUCUUGUUCCUCACAAGACCUUUUCGGGCAACAGGCCUUCACUAAGCCUACUAUUUCCCUCAUUCAAUGCUUAUAAUAUUGGGCAGUUGUUGGCGAUCUAUGAACACAGAGUUGCCGUGCAAGGCUUUGUAUGGGGUAUCAACUCUUUUGACCAAUGGGGCGUGGAGCUAGGAAAGUCAUUAGCUACGCAAGUAAGAAAGCAACUCAAUGCUUCCCGCAAGAACGGAGAGCCAAUUGAAGGCUUUAAUUUCAGCACUAAAACGUUGUUAUCGAAAUACCUAGAGGCAAGUGCCGAUAUUCCUGCUGAUCCUCCAACUGCUCUACCCAAGAUUUAACUGAAUGCAUCAGUUGGGACACAAACCAGAGGUCUGAGUUUCUUAUAGUACGUUGUUAUGUAUUAUUCUGUGUACACUAAAGUUGAGAUACACAUACGUAUAUAUUAAUUUCUCGGUUUUGUGUUGUCAUAAAUAAAAACCCCGCCUUUUCCGCUAAAGUUGUGAACCAGUUAGCAACGUUUUCCCAUCGCAAUCAAUAAUUUUUUAUCGA